AUGUAGAACAAGAAACGGAAAUUCCCUCCAAAACACAAAACAAUGGGGCAGUUUCAGUUCCCUUUCCAGCAAAAAAUUUCAACACUAAAACCUUGUUGUUACUCCUUCGCAUCAUCCCCUAUCGCUUCUCAUUACCCUUUCCCAAGUUCCCUUACCGUUCCUCCUCGUCGCUUUUCUCAUCCAAAGCUCACCGUGCCCACUAAUUCUUCAUAUGUCCUUCGCUCUCUCCGUGCCGCCCCGUCUCGUUUUGUUUGCAAAAGCAAUGGAUCAGAUAUGACAAGGCAGCUGGAACUUGGGAAGCCAGAAGAAAGAAGGAAACCGGAGAAGCGCGUUAAUGGGAUAUUCUGGAUUAUACUUAUCAAUCUCGGAAUGUUUGUAGCAGAUCACAUUUUUCAGGUUCGCAGCAUUAAAUCUCUUUACUUGUAUCAUAAUUGGCCUGCUUGGUACCAGUUUGUGACAGCAACAUUCUGCCAUGCUAGCUGGGAACAUCUUUCAAGCAAUCUUUUUUUCUUGUACAUUUUCGGGAAGCUUGUUGAAGAAGAGGAAGGAAACUUUGCAUUGUGGCUCUCUUAUAUUCUUACGGGUGUUGGAGCAAAUCUUGUUUCAUGGUUAGUUUUGCCCAGAAAUGCAGUUUCUGUUGGAGCUUCUGGUGCUGUUUUUGGACUAUUUGCAAUCAGUGUCCUUGUAAAGAUAACCUGGGAUUGGAGGAAGAUUCUUGAAGUGCUUAUAUUGGGCCAGUUUGUUAUAGAGAAGGUAAUGGAGGCAGCUCAAGCGUCAGCAGCUAUGACAGGCCCUUUUCGUGGAGGCUACCCAGUGCAGACUGUCAAUCACAUUGCGCAUCUCUCUGGUGCCCUUGUUGGUGUGGUUUUGGUAUGGCUUGUCAGCAGAAUUCCUUCUCCUCCAGAUCAUGAAGGGCAAACUUCGCAAGGGAAAUCAGGCAAAAUUCGAUAGGAGAAUUCGUACUUUGUAUGUACAAGUAGUGUGUAUACAUGAAAGGAAUCCAAGAUGUGAUUUUUAUCUUCAUUCUUGUGCUAAUUUUAUACGUUGGAGAUCUCUGAAUUGUAUAGCACAAUAUAAAAUUAAAACUCAUCAAAUAACAUAGCAGAUUUUCGUUUU